AUGGCAAUCAAGCUGAACAAGGUUCUCAUCUCCGACCCCGUCGACGAGGCUGCCGUGGAGAUUCUGCGAGCACGCAAUCUACAGGUUGACCUGCGAACUGGUCUUCCCAAAGACCAGCUGCUGGCCAUCAUUCCCGAGUACGAUGCGCUGAUUGUCCGCUCCGGCACUCAGGUGACUGCCGACGUCAUUCAAGCGGCGAAGAACCUUAAACUGAUCGGCCGAGCUGGCGUCGGCGUGGACAACAUUGACCUGCCGGCGGCCACCAAAGCCGGCAUCAUUGUCAUCAACGCCCCAGGCGGCAACACCAUCUCCGCCGUAGAGCUGACCUGCACGAUGCUGCUCGCCUCCUCUCGGUACGUCGCUCAGGCCUGCAGCUCGCUGAAGAACGGCGUCUGGGACCGAAAGAGCUUCACCGGAAAUGAGCUGAAGGGCAAGACGCUGGCGAUCAUUGGUCUGGGCCGCAUCGGUCGAGAGGUGGCCAUUCGCAUGCAGUCAUUUGAGAUGCGCACCAUUGGCUUCGAUCCGAUCAUUCCCGCUGAGGUGACCGCCCAGUUUGGCGUGCAGUCCCUCUCGCUGGAGGAGAUCUGGCCACAGGCGGACUACAUCACCGUCCACACGCCGCUCAUUCCACAGACCAAAGACCUCAUCAACGCAACGACACUGGCCAAGUGCAAGAAGGGCGUCCGCAUCAUCAACGUCGCCCGCGGCGGCAUCAUCAACGAGGACGACCUCCUCGCGGCCCUUCAGUCAGGUCACGUGGCCGGCGCCGGCCUGGACGUCUUCCUCGAGGAGCCGCCGAAGAACACGCCCCUGGUGCAGCACCCCAAGGUAGUGUGCACGCCCCACCUGGGCGCCUCGACGAAGGAGGCGCAGAACAACGUUGCCAAGGAGAUUGCCCUCCAGUUUCUGGACAUCCUCGACAGCAAGGCGGUGCCCGGCGUCGUCAACGCGCCGCUCCUCUCUGAGAUGCUCAAACACGAGAACCUCAUCUGGACGCGACUGGGCACUGACCUGGGCAAGCUGGCCGCCGCCGGCAGUCCCACCCUCCAGUCGCUGAAGGUGACCGUCACCGGAAAGCUGGCCACCGCCGCCGUCAAGCUGAUCAAGGAGUCGGUGCUGGUGGGCGCGCUGACCGCACUCGGCGGCGCCUCCGUAAAUGUCGUUUCCGCGGCGGGCAUCGCCGAGAGUCGAGGCAUUGCCUCCAGCUACGAGGUGGCCCCGGCCGCCGGGCCUUGCUGCCACCACUCCACCGUCACCGUGGAGACGGACAAGGGAGGGCGGUACACGGCCAUUGCGCAAGGUCGUCGCGCCUACCUCACCACCGUCAACGGGGACACCUUUGAGCCGGCGGUGGUGCUCGACCACACGCUGACUCUGCUGCAAACGUCGGCCAGUCUGGCGGAGGUGCUCGCAGCUAACGGAGGUGACGUGGUUCUGGCGGCCACCCGCUCCAAGACCAACGCCCAGCUGUACGCCAUUCACUCGACGGGCAAGCUGGUCGGCGGCACUGCCAACGCCAGCGCCGUCACCUCGGUGCAGUUUAACUAA